UGUUAUGCUGUAGCUCGCAUCUCACAAUCCCACACAACGCGGCUGACUACGCCGUCGACAAAUUUUCAAGCGUGGUACCGACGAGGCGCCACGAUCAGACAGGAACAACCACCGCCACCGCCCCUCCCUACAGUGUCUGAUUUCGUGGGCUAUGCGGGUGAAGCAAUUCAGCUGACGGACACGAAUUCAGAAGCAGGUUCCAACCUUCCUGAGAUACCUGCAUUUCUCAUAUACAGGGACGCACAUAGAGGCUUCGCGCCCCUCUUCAGGGAUGCCUCAAACAACCGGCAUCAGGCAGACCCGCCCACACAAGCCAGCGCCUCCAACGGGGUGGGUCGAUUCUUCAGAUUCGCCGACUCAGCUGCAGCCUUUCUUCAGGAGGUCCUACAGCACCGAAAUUCGCCAUCUCUACUCGAGCAAACUGGUGAUGUGCGAGCGGUGAGGAUGGAAGACUACGAUAAGACAGUCUGUCCACACAACCGCUAG